CCAAGGAAUGGGAUACUCGAGUUAUCUGCUCCCCGUUAUCUGCUGUUUACGUGCCUCUUCUGUCGCCGAUACCGGUGCUGCAAUCGGCCGCGAGUGUUUCCCUGGUGUGGCCCUACCGCUAAUUGUUUCCUGGCAAUUUAACGGGAAUUCAGGGCUGGCUUUUGGCAGUGGCACCUCUUUUCCCUGUCCCGGUCCUCACUUUUCCAGGAGCAGGACCUUUAGGGCUGAGCCUGACGGCUUGUUCUGCCUGGUGGGAGCUUUGGAGGUGUUUUCCAGUACCUUGAGAGCCCUCUGUGUUCGGGCAAGCGUUCCUGCCUGAUUCCAGUUAUCAGCAUGGUUUAUAUGGACUCCACCUCCUUCUCUCCUCUCCCUUAAUCUUGGAAGAGGCUUUUUUCCUCUUUUCCUCCCAGUGAUCCUGGCAGAAAGCUGAAGUCGUCCUGCCCCACUCCUACUGGGCAGGCGUUGUGCAUUUUUGUGUGUCUCAGUCCAUGAAACGGGUGCAGAAACCCACGGCUGCUGGUUUUGGGCCAGCGAAGAAAAUCAGCUUUUUGUUAAAUUCAGUUCUUGCAGGAAGAGGUGUGUUCGUACCUGGAAAAGUGCUCCUAAAUCCCAGCCUUGCUGGAGUUGUUCCAUAAAUCCCCUCAGCAGCACGCUGUGUGUGUGUAGGCAGAGGUGUUUUCCUGUGUGUUAAACACGCGUCCCUUUCCAUGGAGAAAGCCCAGCCGGCACUGAAGGUUUGGAAUCCGAGCCGAGGGCGAUGGGAUUUGGCUGGAGCCUGGCGUGGAGGAGUGGGAGGGGAGGGCACUUGGCUCUCACCCUGCCAAUCUGGGCAGCAGCGGAGCCGAGGGUGUUGAUCCCGAUGAAGGAGGUGACAUUCCUGCCAGUGCAAGCUGCGGAGGAACACUGGGAUGCUGCUGGAUCCCUGCAGGGACGCUGUGGCCUCGGGGACAAAAGAGCCUUUCCCGGUGGGCACACCACGUGUAGGCUGAGCAAAUCGCGGGAUCCCGGUGCCGACCUUUAAAUGGAAAAUGGGCAAUGGGUGUGCAGGAGCAGGGUGUGAUUGGAGAGCAGUCCUGGGAGAGGCUGGGUUUAGUGCUCCAGCUCCUGCAGGAUCCAGGGCAGGCCCCACGUGAGCUCUGAUGGCUGAAUCACCUGUCUUGGCACCUGGGACGAUGCAGCUGCCGAGCAGGAGCUUGCAGCUCCCAAGCUUUUCCCUGGGUUUUGGCACACUGAUUCCUUGCUAAUCCUGGAAGUACUCGUGGGUCCUGGUGGUUUUCUGCUGGAGGUGGUGGUCUGUGUCCUCAGGACCACGAGGAAGGAGAGCCUUCAACGCCAAACUCUGUUCUGGGAGGGACAGAAGAGGAUUGUGUCUGCUUAUGAGGAGAGCUCAUACCCUGACAGUCCUGUUCAUCCUCACGUGUGCACUGGGCUACGUUACCCUGCUGGAAGAGACUCCCCAGGACACAGCCUACAACACAAAGAGAGGAAUCGUCGCCAGUAUUUUGGUUUUCUUGUGCUUUGGGGUGACACAAGCUAAAGAUGGACCAUUCUCAAGACCUCACCCAGCUUACUGGAGGUUUUGGCUGUGUGUCAGCGUGGUCUAUGAGCUCUUCCUCAUCUUCAUCCUCUUCCAGACAGUGCAGGACGGGAGGCAGUUCAUGAAGUACAUCGACCCCCACUUGGGGGUUCCUCUGCCUGAGAGAGACUACGGGGGCAACUGCCUCAUUUAUGACCCUGGCAAUGGAACUGAUCCCUUCCACAACAUCUGGGACAAGCUGGAUGGAUUUGUUCCUGCUCACUUUUUUGGGUGGUACCUGAAGACUCUGAUGAUUCGGGACUGGUGGAUGUGCAUGAUCAUCAGUGUCAUGUUUGAGUUCCUGGAGUACAGCCUGGAGCACCAGCUCCCAAACUUCAGUGAAUGCUGGUGGGAUCACUGGAUAAUGGAUGUGAUCUUAUGUAACGGGUUAGGAAUUUACUGUGGGAUGAAGACCCUGUCCUGGCUUUCCUUGAAAACCUACAAAUGGCAAGGGCUCUGGAACAUUCCAACCUACAAAGGCAAGAUGAAGAGGAUUGUGUUCCAGUUCACCCCCUACAGCUGGGUGAAGUUCGAGUGGAAGCCGGCCUCCAGCCUGCGCAGGUGGCUCGCCGUCUGUGGCAUCAUCUUCGUGUUUUUAUUGGCAGAGCUGAACACGUUUUACCUGAAGUUUGUGCUGUGGAUGCCCCCUGAACACUACCUGGUGCUGCUUCGCCUGGUGUUUUUUGUCAACGUGGGAGGAGUGGCCAUGAGGGAGAUCUACGACUUCAUGGACGACCCGAAGUUCCACAAGAAGCUGGGCCAGCAGGCCUGGCUGGUUGCUGCUAUUACUGCCACGGAGUUCCUGAUCGUGGUCAAGUACGACCCCUACACGCUCACCCUCUCCCUGCCCUUCUACAUCACCCAGUGCUGGAUCCUGGGGAUUAUCCUGGUGCUCACCUGGACAGCCUGGCGCUUCUUCAUCCGGGACAUCACCCUGCGGUACAAGGAGAUCCGGCGGCAGAAGCAGGAGCACAGGCAGGAGCACAGGCCCGAGAAGGACAAAUGCCUGAGCAACGGGGAUGGACACUCAGCCCUGCUGGAGGAGCCCAACGGGGGCAAGCUGCGGGAGAGGAAACUCUGAGCACGGACACGGGGCUGACAGGAACUCGUGGUGCCCUGGUGCACAGUCCCAACCUUAUCCUACCUAACUCCUCAUUGUCCUUGUUAGCGUUCCAGCGUGUGGGAAUCCUCAC